CUGCGACUCGGCGAAGCUACUUUUGAUGCGUCUGGAUAUAUGUAGCCAGUAUUAGCAGAUCAUCUAAAUAGACGCAGACAUUGGAGCGGCUGGGUUUACUCGAUCCAUAAGCCUAACCAACCGCUGCGCCGCGUUGCAGAGGCCGAAAGGCAUCACCCAAAAUUGGUAGAGAGGCCGACCAGGAACUGUAAAGGCCCUCAAUUCCUAUUUCGAAUCCAAUUCGAUCUGCCAGAAUGCGAACUUCAACUGGAAAUGUAGUACGUUUGGUCGAUUCUAGAUAGUAUGCCAUCGAUACUAGGCAGUCUGGACACUACCGUCGGCCUGUUGCUCCACGGGCUCUUGCUCUCCUCGAUGACUUCGAGAGCCAACAUCUUGUCCACCUCAUCCUCGACCACCAUCUGGUUCCCGGGGCGACAUGGGAUACGGUCAAUCCUUGAAGACAUUAGCUCCUUCAAUAAGCGCGAUCGUGUGUUUUUCCCAGACCGUCCUCUUCAAACUGUUUUUUUUAAGCGAGAGCUGGCCUCUGGCAGCGCCAGUGUCCUCAAAGUCCACACACCGCAAACGGCCUUGCGGAGUCCCACCGAUAUCCGUGGUGGCCCAGACCCGGCAGCGCCAUCGUCUUCCAAGAACCACAAAGCCUCGUUUUCCCAUGCUGAAGGAACCACCAAACGAAGCCCAUAUCCGUGCUUGCUCCCUACUUCGCUAUCUUUUGGCAUGUUUUGCAAAAAUGAUCCUCACACCUAA